UGCGCAAGCGGUUCUCCAUCCAAGCAGGCAGGACCCCUCCCCAGCUGCCCAAGCAAACCAACCCAAAAACCAAGAGCCUUCGAAAGCCAUGGUCAAGUCCGACGUGUACAGCUCUCCGAUCGUCUUCUCCCAGCUGGACCUGCGGGUGGGCAAGAUCACCGAGGUGAAGGCGCACCCGAACUCGGAGCGCCACUACAUCGAGAAGGUGGACAUCGGCAAGGGCGAGGAGCUCGAGAUGGUCAUGGAGCACCAGCCGUACUUCGCCGAGGAGGAGCUCGUGGACCGCAAGGUCGUGGUGCUCUGCAACCUCAAGAUGGUCAAGGUCGUGCGCACGCGCUCCACGGGCGCCAUCCUGCUCGUCGCCAACGACAAGGGCAAGGUGGAGCUGCUGGACCCGAGCCCGGAGGCCGAGGUCGGCGAGCGCGUGUACGCGAGCGGCGAGGAGGUGCAGGAGCCCGUGACCCCCAUCCAGAUGAAGAAGAACAAGGUAUGGGAGGCGCUGUGCAAGGACAUCAAGACCAACAACAAGUGCGAGGUCGUGUACCAGGAGCGGUACCCAGUGCGCUCACGGGCGGGCCCCGUCCGCGUCGAGUCGCUCAAGAAGGUGCUCGUAACCAAGUAAGCGCGGCCGACUACUGGCUCGCGUGUCCCCGUGUAGUAGUAUGUGCGUUGAAGGCUGGCGAACGACCGCAAGCGUGGAAGCGAGCUGAGUUCGGCAAGCAACCGCAAAGCAAAGGAGGCGUCUUCUCAAAAGACCCCCCAGCAAAGAAAGUGAAAACAUCAGAAAAUGUAUCUACGAGUUGCUUGUGAUCAAA